GGCCCUGCACUAGUUCUGUUCUCACCUUCUGGACUCGAAGUUAAUUACCUGAUUGAUUCAUGUGUGUUGCCGACUUUACUUCUAUUUAUCAUUAAUUUUACUGUUUUUAGUUGUUGAUUGGUGAGAUUUGGUAGGCAGCAAUUUUGUCUUACGGGAUUACUUCGGGGGGAGGUUAUGCUCAUGUCAUGUGUAUUAACCAAAUUUCUGAAAAUUCGAUACAUGUCUCUACUUAGGUUGUUGAUUUCAUCCUACGAAAUGGUCAUUUCUGCAACAUUUGGAGUCAGUCGUCACCUCUCUCCAAUGAGGAGUAACAAAUGGCUGAAGAGGCAAGUGGCGUGGAUAAGUCCUCACUACUCUGUCGGGUUGAAGAUCUACAACGUGAAAGAGAUGAAAAGCAGCAUGCUUUGGAAGUAUUUAUCCGUCGGGUUGAAGGGCUCCAAUAUGAUUUGGAUGAGAAAACAGACCUAGUUGAAGUAUUAUCUCGUCGAGUUGAAGAACUCCAGCGAGAACGAGAUGAACUUAGGAAAGAUAUUGAGCAAUUAUGCAUGCAACAACAAGCUGGUCCUGGAUAUGUUUCUGUUGCAACUCGAAUGCUUUCUCAGAGGACAGCUGCUUUGGAGCAGGAUAUUGAAAAUCUUCAGAAGAAGUUAGGUGGAUGUUUAAGAGAGAACCAAAAUUUGCAAGAGGAGCUUGCUGAGGCUUAUAGAAUUAAAAGUCAGCUUGCUGAAUUACAUGGGGCUGAGCUAUCAAAGAACAAGGAACUAGAGAAGCAAGUAAGGUUUUUCCAAAGCAGCGUUGCUCAAGCAUUUGCUGAACGAGACAAUUCGUUAAUGAAGUGUGAGAAAGCAAAGGAGCGAGAAGAAGCAAUUUUACAAAAGUUUGCCAAAUUCGAGGAAAGGACAAGAGAAUAUCAAUCAUCAAUUGAUGAUCAGAAACGGUCAAACGAUGCCUUACAAAUGGAGCUGAUGAGGCUUAAAGAGCAGACACAAUCUUCCUUGAAAGUUAUUCAAAAAUUUUAUGAUGUUCGUUGUAGAGACUCUGAAUGCUCUGUGAACAUUACUCUUGAAGAAAAAUGUUCAGUUCUUCUGGACGAUUCUGCUGAUAAUUGGAGUUUCAGCUCAGAUGGAGGAACCUCAACUUCGAAGUACAUUGCAUCUCUAGAAGAAGAGAAAGAUUCACUGAGAGCUAAAAUAGCUAAGCUUCAAAACAAUCUAAGAAUGGGCCUUGAAAUUGAGCAACAUUUGCAAAGAAAUGCACGAGUAUUAGAGAAAAGACAGGCACUCUAUGAUGAGUUUAUGAGAAAUGGCCUUUCAACUCUUCAAAAGUUGCAUAUACAACAAAGGGAUGACAUUAUGAAAAUAUUGGAAGAAGAAUCAUCUCAGUUGAGCACUGUUGUUAAUGAGAUUCAAGAUAAGUUAAGUAAAAUUCGUAUCAACCCUGAAAUCAAUGAAAACCCUGUUGGAGAGAUGCAAUGCUGUGACAGCAGUUGUAAAGAUGUACAUGUUACUACAGAUGUCAGCCCUGGCAUCAGCCCUAAGGGGGACAUUCCUUCUGAUUGUGCAACAUUUGGUGAAUCGGAUGUGCUUGUGCAAGCUUUGCAUGAGAAGAUGGAGGCACUUAUGCUCUUCUCACAGGAACAAGAAAGAUACCUAUUGGAGAAGCAGAGAAACCAAAUUGUCAUCGAGGAACUUCAGAAGAACUUAUCUCAAGUAAAAGAGGAAAAGGUUAAAAUCUUGGUAGAAUUAGCAAAACUUAAAGAAGAAUAUCUGAUGUUGAAAGGAAAUUCAACACCAAAGGAUGGUCAUGGGGCUGUUGAUAAUAUGAAAAUCAUUCCUGCACAUGAUCGACAAGGGAUGUUUAAAACUAUCAUGAAUAGAACAUCUCUAAGACAUUGGAUAAAAAAAGAAAACACUAAUAUUGGGCAUGAGUGCUCUGAUGAAAACGUUCAUACAGUCAGGAAACAUCACUCAGAGGAUCUUGCAAGGGUUAAAGCUGAAAAUGCUGCUCUUUUGGAAAGUGUUGCCACUAUGGAACACCUCACUUCGUCAGUGCAUAGACUGCAUAUUGUGCUUAUGAAGGCCUUUGAGGAUGUCAAAUCGGCUCACUCUUUAGAGAGUACGUAUGAAGCGUUGAACAGUCUCAUAACCGAAGCAAACCUUAUGAAGACAGCUCUUGGUGUAGCUCUCCCCGUAAGCUGGUUAGGGGAUUCAUCAGAUGCUAUUACUAGUGAUGCUCUCUAUGAUCCAUCUGAAUCACCUAAAUCAUCGAAGUCAGAGAAACAAGACCCCCUCAGCUCUGCGGGCAUGGAAAUGGUGGAGCUACUAAUAUUAGCUGCUGAUAUCCUCAAGGAUAGCUUUAUAUUGAAUAACAAAUAGGUGAGAAGGAUGUACUGCACGCCCAUUGAUGGCAAGCUGAGUAUCUGGAAGCGCAAGGAGUGAGUUUACAGUCAUACUUUUUCAUGUGGAUACUGUAGAAUUAGAAUACAGAAAAAGCAUGUCCAUUAAAUUGUUUCCAAAUGUCCGAACUCGUAGGAACUAAAUUUGGAAACAAAUGUCCGAACUCGUAGGAACUAAAUUUGCAAAGAGUGUUGUAGUGCAAUCAAUAAUUUAGUCCUGAAAGGGAUUAACGUUUGGUGUAUAUACGUCAAUUGAUUGGAGUAAUCACAGCUGUCCUGUAAUAAUAGAACUACUAAAGUUGAUGAAAUACGGAUUAUCGUGCGCUACC